AGCAUGACGGUGGCUCCUCUCCUUCCACCGGGUAAUGGCAGUUCCUUCUUGGAAGGGAAAAGAAUAAAGAGUGAGUGACGCGGCGCCGUUCCUUUCGGCUUUAUUUUCUUCAGCCUUAAAGCACGAAUCCUCCUCUUCUCCUCUUUCUUUUCCUUGUUUGAAUUUCUUCGGUGGCUGCCUUUUCCCAUUCUCUCUCUCUCUCUCUCUCUCUCUCUCUCUCUCUCUCUCUCUCUCUCUCUCUCUGUGUUUAUCUCCCUUCCACAGCAAUCAAAGCGGCAAUGUCUUUCAGAGGGACAAAUGCUUCUUCUGGCAUGGGUGUUGCUGAGCUCAGUAAGUCCACGUUCCUCGAACUGCAGAGGAAGAAGGUGCACCGCUAUGUAAUUUUCAAGAUUGAUGAGAACAAAAAAGAGGUUGUGGUUGAAAAAACUGGUGGCCCGGCUGAGAGUUAUGAGGACUUCACUGCUGCUUUGCCAGAGAAUGAUUGCCGAUAUGCAGUUUAUGACUUCGACUUUGUGACUUCUGAGAACUGCCAGAAGAGCAAAAUAUUUUUUAUUGCAUGGUCUCCUGCUGUAUCCAGAAUCCGUGCUAAGAUGCUCUAUGCAACUUCAAAAGACAGGUUCAGAAGGGAGUUGGAUGGCAUCCAUUACGAGAUCCAGGCGACUGACCCAACUGAGAUGGAUCUUGAAGUCCUCAGAGACCGUGCAAACUGAGCACUGGAUUCAAAAGGCUUUGUUAUCAGGGAACGCCUAGGCUUUGUUACCAGACCGUGCAAAUUGCAAUUUCCUGCUGCAAUUAGUUGGACACAAAUUAUAUAUAGCUUUACUGUAAAAUAAUUGCCACCUGGGAAGGCUGAUUGGGGGCUCGUAGAUAUGAUGUACGGGGAAAUUUGGGCUUCCUUAUUGACAUGAUGCUUCCCUGGUGAAAAUGGGUAUGUUAUGUGUAUUGAGAAUAUGACUGCAAUUUUACUGCGGUUCUCCGUAGAGUUCAUUUUA